AUGUGCCAGUUAAUGGGAAUGAACAAUGCGGCACCCACGGAUUUCACCUUUAGCUUCAAAGGGUUUUGUCAACGAGGAGGUGCCACAGACAUUCACAGUCACGGGUUUGGAUUGUGUGUCUACGAAGGCCGAGGCAUUCGAUCCUUUCUGGAUACUUUGCCGGCCUCCAAAUCACCACUGGCCCAAGUCAUUCAGAAUUAUCCAAUUCGAACACAUAAUAUGAUUGCUCAUGUCCGAUAUGCCACUACAGGAGCGGUCAGUUUGGAAAACGUCCAUCCCUUUUCCCGCGAAUUGUGGGGAAUCCAUUGGUCCUUUGCUCACAAUGGUCAGGUUCCCAAAUUUGACGACUCGACGCCUCUGGAAGCGCAACCCUUGUUGGGAAAGACGACGCUCGAAGAAUUGCAUUACAAUCCAGUGGGAGAGACGGAUUCUGAGGCGGUCUUUUGUGCCAUUUUGAAUGCCCUCAAGGCCGAAUUCACAAGUCUUCCCACCUUGCCAGUCUUGCAUGGAUUCUUGUCCAAACUCUGCAAGGAAAUCAUUCUGGGGGACGAAGAUUCGACAAUCUUUAAUUUCCUCUUGGGAUGUGGCAAGUACACCCAAUUUGCCUUUUCGUGGCCGGGACGCCGACCGGGAUCCAAAGUAUGGAAUGGUUUGUAUUACAUUGUAAGAUCGCCGCCCUUUCAGACGGCUAGUCUGGUAGAUGCGGACUAUUCCAUUGACUUUGCCAAAUUUGCCAAAUCCAAUGACCGUGUGGCGGUGAUUACGACCAAACCAUUGACGGAUGAAACCGGAUGGACGGAAUUUGAACGAGGACAAUUGAUCAUGUUUGACAAGGGAUUGCCACAUCGAUCGCCAAGGUGCUGCGAGCAAGUUGAAAAGGAAGGUCGGGGUUUGAGUUCCAAAUGCUUUGAACGGUUGAGAACCUCGUCCAUAUCGUCAGCCACCAUGCCCAUUUCCGAGUCUUCGACCUGUUGCUCGGAAGAAGAAGAAGUAGUAGUAGUGACGAUACCGCCGGAAGUACCUCCACAGAGUGCCUUGUUUCCAACGGCAGCCGAAUGA